GUGCCUAGCAAGAGACUGGAGACAGAAGAUAGAUUCGUCGUCCAGUGGGGACGAUUCAGAUUGGAAAAUAGCAUGUGGCUGCCCUCCUAUUUCGCAUCAAUUGAAAAACUCAACCUCGCUCGACGAUAUUGCAAGCUAUUACAAGCGUGCUUCCAAAGUACAUAAAAAGUGGCGCAAAGCUAUCAAAGUGCAGUACGAGGAGAAGCGGUCGACUGUGAUUCGUUGCCCGGAAGCUGGGUGUCCUAGUUUUCUGGAAUUUCGGGAUGUAAAAGCUUUUGCCCCUUCGGACACAUUUGCGAAGGCGGAACAAGGAAAAGGGAAAGCCCAUUGUGCAGGAGCAAAUCGGGAGGGGGUCGAGAGAAGAGGCGUAACCGCCCGCCACCUCCUGUUGGACACCUAUCUCCUUGAGGCCAAUUACAGGACUGCGCGGAUCCCCGAGGUGUUUUAUUGUGAGAAAGACGGAGAGAAGGCCGGGAAAAGAAUAACCAUCGCGAUAGUAAUUGCUAUGGGUGUUAUUACUGGGUCUCAUAGAUAUCAGAGUGCUGUGCUCGUUUCACAAAGCGAUAAAAGCGAGCGAAGAGCAGAGGAAUCCUUGGAACCAUGUCGGUCCGUUGUUUCAUUUGGCGGGCUCGGACCAGCGGAAGAAUCGACAAAAACUUACUUAUCCUAUUGUGACUCGUUUAUUGUCAAACUUGGACCCUACCCUCGAGACUUUACUUCUGAAACAGUCAAAACCCGCCUUUCAGUCUACCAUGAAGGUCAGAUAUUACAACACUUCAGCUACGAGGAGCUCCAGAAUCUAGAAAAUAAGACCGGACAACGCGUUGACGUAUUGAUAAUUUGUGGAGAUUUUGAGGCCAUAAGAAAUGAGGCUGAUCUACUCUGCAUGGCCGUUCCACAAAAGUACUAUACUGGACAGAAAACAGCUCCUGUUUUAACGAUUGUAAUAGGCGGCAAUCACGAAGCGUCCAACUACUUGUGGGAGUUGUAUGUCUCGUCGUGUUCCAUUUGUAGCCUCAUUUCUCACCGAUUCACAGAUAUCAUGGAGGGACCCGAAGUGAUGCUCUCUCACGAUUGGCCAGAGGGAAUAUAUAACCACGGAAAUAUGGCAUACCUCUUAAAGACCAAGCCGUGGUUCAAAGAGAGCAUUGACAAGAAAGAACUGGGAAACCCGCAUAUGAUGACCCUUUUGAAGACGGCCCGUCCAUUUUGGUGGUUCUCUGCUCAUAUGCAUGUAAGAUUCAAAGCUGAAUAUGACCACACUGGCGAAGGUGUGAGUGAAUGGGGAAGAGGAGCCCCGUCCCAAGCCAGGUCAGCGGGCCCUGCCGUCGCUUCGACGUCCACGGCUCAACAGAAGAAGGGCAAGUCUAGACAAAACGACACCAGCACUGGACCGGCUGCUGCAUCCUCAAGUGGUGCGCCGAGCAGUUCAUCUAUCCCGUCUACCACAAAGUUCCUCGCUCUCGAUAAAUGUCUACCUGAUCGAAAGUUUCUAGAGAUAGUGGAUAUACCAUCCCCUCAAGACCACUUCCCUGCUCGACUGACGUUUGACCUGGAGUGGCUAGCCAUUUCCAGAGCCAUGCACCCCCUACUAUUGACCGAACGGAAACACACAGUACAGCCAAAAAUGAAUCUCGCCAGAGGGUGGGUCAAGACCGAGCUAGAAUGGGUAAAGAAGAAGAUCGCCAGCGUGAAAUCGCAACAAGGAGAACAAGGCGCACCACCUGGGCAAACAACGGGCGACGAAUUAGAGAUAGAGAUAUCUGCUAUACAGGAAUUUGUUCGUACAGCCAGUGGUCCAAGUCGUACUCCUGCGUAUACGAAUCCUCAAACAGAAGCAUUUUGUGCAUUGAUAGAGGUGGAAAACAAAGUCAACCCUCUUCCUUCCUAG